CAAAAGUUUUUGUUGCUGUUGCUUCAUGUUCAUUCUUGUUCGGUUAUAAAAAAAUUGUUGGAGAUUAAUUAGUAAAAUCUGAAUAUUAACAACAUUGAAAGGUACCUAAAUAUAUUAUAACAUCAUUUUUGUGUUCAUUGGUAUUUAAGAAGCAUGGCAAAAGUACAAUUAUGCAAUAUCACAGUUAUGGACAAUCCUAGUCCUUUCUUGAACCCAUUCCAAUUCGAAAUCACCUUCGAGUGCAUAGAGGAAUUAAAAGAAGAUUUAGAAUGGAAGAUGAUUUACGUUGGCUCCGCUGAAACUGAAGAACACGAUCAAAUUUUAGACUCCGUAUUCGUCGGACCCAUUCCAGAAGGUAAACACAUGUUCGUCUUCCAGGCAGAUCCUCCGAAUGUCUCCCGCAUACCUGAAAACGAUGCCAUCGGUGUCACAGUCGUUCUACUCACUUGCUCCUACAAGAGCCAAGAGUUUAUUCGUGUAGGUUAUUUCAUAAAUAACGAAUACAGCGAUCCGGAGAUGAGAGAAAACUUGCCCAGUCCACCUCAGUUCGAUAAGGUAAUUAGAAAUAUAUUGGCGUCCGAACCGAGGGUGACGAGGUUUAAAAUCAACUGGGAAGAAUCGAGUGGUACUCAGGAAAACGGUACUACAAUCGCAGAAGCACCCGCCAACCAAACAUCCGAGACUGCCGCUUCCGUAGAAGUACCUGCUUUCAACGAGAAUUCCAAUUCGUGGGCCACCAUGGAGUGUUCAUAAAAUAGACUCGUUUACCAUCGUUAGUUUGUGAUUUAUUAUCAAAACGGACUUUUUUACAAUCAAUAUUAGUUAAAAGUACCCUUAGAAUUUGACGGUUUCUGUUUUACUUGCAAGAAGAAGGCCACUUUCGAUGAACUACGAGCACAGGAUGCAAUGUAAAACUGCUCUUCUACUAAGUUCUAUUGCGAAUAAAAGUUUUCUAC